CAAGGGUGUGGCUUUGCCUUGUCACCAGGAAGGUAUAUAUAGGAAGUGCAAGGGCUUUGGGCCAUCUCACUGGGAAGAUUCAAAAGCUACAAAAGCCUACUCUAGACACAAAGUAUAUACUAUGGAUGACAAACAUCCCAGCACCAGUGGGGAGAAGAGGAAGAGCCCCUGUGACACCAAAUACGAAUAUGAGGAAACUCAGGAGACAGAACAAGUGAACUCAGCCCCCCAACCACAGGGGAACUCAGCCCCCCAACCAGAGAGGGACUCAGCCCCCCAACCGGUUCUUAAAAAAAUGAGAAUAAGGGUUCGCUACCAGAACAUUAAGAAAAUAUAUUCACCUCAUCUGGAGAACCACCAAGAGAAUGCAAUCAAUCCAGUGCAGCUAUACGAGGAGACAAUGGAGGUGGAUGUGGAAACACCUGCCAAGGAGUAAGAAGACCCAUCAGUGCAGGCAGAAGAUCCAUAACAAUCUGAAGGAUCGUGAGCAGCUGGGGAGCGGUGGUGAAACAUGGAGAAAUUGGACAAAUCCUCACCCCCAACGGCUAUGAUAAUAAUAAAAUGAAGUUUGAGAAGCUG